GUCACUCAGCAUCAGCGGGUCUGCAGAACUGGGGUGAGGCCAACUCCAUGGUGGGCUGCGACAGCGUGGAGCCGUCAGUGCCUCAGGCAGGGCACGUGGCACCCUUGUCCCAGCUCCCCCGCCCCGGGGGAGUGCUCACCGAUGGAGCCACCCUAUUGCGUCCAACCCAUUGCAUCGCUCCCCUGGAAGAGCUGCAGCCCCGUCCCUGCUGCCGAAGACACACCAUGGAGCUCCCGGGCCAGUGGCUGCUCUGGAGCUGGAUGCUGUGGGGACUCUGGGUACUGCCAGCACAAGGUGGGGAGACAGGGGAGCAGCCCCUUGCCCCUGUGCCAGCCCCGGCAGAGCCCGGCAGCUUCUCCUCCAUGGCUGACAGCACCAGUGUCGAAGUGCCUCCUGACCUGGGCAUGUGCCAGGUGUUCCCCACCACCACAGCCACCCAGCCCGAGCACCCCUCUCCUCGCAGCAGCAGCACCAGCUCUGCAGGCAGCCCCGGCUCAGGCAGCCUGGUGCCACAGGUGACAAUGAAAGCAGUACUUCCAGCCAGGAGCAGCGGUGAGCAGGGGACAGGUCUGGCAAUACAGGGCAGACCCCAGUCAGGGGUCCCCUCCCCAGGUGCUGGAAGCCACCCGACCAAUGUCCCUCUGGCUCCCACCUCCUCUCAGCAAGGGCAGCUUCUGUCCCUUUCACCAACAGGACAUGAGAUGGGUCUUGCCAAGGGCGGUGGCGGUGCUGGGCCAGCCGCAGCCACAUCAGCACCAGCUCCAGGUGUCCUGGCUGUAAUGGGGACAAGCAAAUCGCCAUCAAACAGCAGCACUGCUCCUAAGCAGGCUUUGGAAGUGUCCAGAGUGGCUCCGGACAGCAUCCCUGGAGAGCCAGUGCUGGGAACAACUGUCCCCAUGCAAAAGGGGAUUGCAGCCAACCCACCCAUGGGUGCUGCUGGUGCAGUGAGAGGUGCCCCUCCAGCACCAGGCCAAGAUCUGUCCAUGCCAGCGGCACACGUUCUGGCUGCUCAGCCAGUGCCAGGGACAAAAGCAUCUUCCUCAGUCACUGGCAAACUGACUGAUGUCAAUGAGUUGGUGCAGCUGGGCAAUGCUGUCACUGUGAAGGGGAUGCCAGGGACAAUGUGGACCACAGCACCAUUGCUCUCCCAGGAUGAGCACAGCACAGGGGUGUUGCCCCCCAUCAUCAGUGAGAACUCUGAUGUGCCACAUACAACCGCAUGGCUCCCAUCCCAAGAGGUCAUGCCAGGGCUGGAUAAAACCACCUCGCCCCCAGACAGGGCAGCCAGCAUCUCUCAGGACACGGGCAGCACCGUGAAGCCAGCUGCAGCUUCAGCCAGCCCUGCCACUGGCCUCCCUGGGGGUCCCGCACACACAGCCACAGAAGGAGCCAGGAUGGCAGCCCCACCACCUGCAGACCCCCGAAGUGCACCCACAGCAAAGGUCGCCUUUUCUUCUGCCAUCACUGGCGUCAAUGAGGCUACAGAGCCACCAGCACGUGCCUUAUCCGAUGCCAGCCACAAUGCCUUGCAGGUCACCCCUGUGCCUCCUGCUGAGCCUCCUCCAGCCCUUUCACCCCAACACCCUACUGGUGCUGUGCUGGAUGCAAGAGAGAGACCUUCCACCAGCCACAGCGCAGCCCCCAGCAUUGCUGGAGACGGGCUGCCUGGAGCCAAUGCUGUCACCCACGCUCAGGCCACAGCACUAGCUCUGGGCACAUCAGCUAUGGUGAUGGAUGUAACCGCUGCAGAAGACAUUCCCACCACAUCAUUCCCAGCUCCAGGAAGCACUGAUACUGAGCUGGUAUCCAUCAGGAGUGAGCCCAGCACCAAAGCCAUAGCAGGCACCACUUCCUUGGAGACCAAGGCCAUCCCAGAGGGGCUCAGCAUGGGGCUGUCCCUAGACACAGCUCCUGAUGGCUCUGGUGGUCCCUCUCCAGGGUCCUUUGUGCAUUCCAUGUGGUCUCUGGUCAGCCAGACUCCGCCAGCAGACCCUGGGGCCACCACAGCAGAGGCAGGUUCAGGCAGAUCCCCUCCAGCCAGACCCAGUACGGAGUUGUCUUUGUCCCUCACAGGCAGUGGUGGAGCAAAGCCAGAUGGGGACCCUCAAGCCACUGCUGCACCAACAUCUUCUUAUGGCGUUGGGACUGGACCAGCUGCCCGUCCAUCCUCCAUUAGCAACACUACAAUUAGUGAAGCAGGGGUGGAAACAGCAUCACUGACCGGUGGCAAGACCACCACAAUGCUGUGGGACAACAGAGCCACGUUGGCUGCGCCUGAUGCAUCUCUCAGCAGCAGCCAGCCUGGCCCCACCGUUGGCUCAGCACCCUUGGGAACUGAUGGCACCCCUGGACCAGCACCAGUCUCACCCAUCCAGGUUGGGCCCCAGCACAGGGCAGCUCCAAGGGCAGAGAUGUCAUCACUCAGCGCUGCACCAGGUACAGACGUGGGUGUACCAGGCACGCUGAGAGGACCCAGAGCCACCAGCAUCCCCGUGACAUCGCAAGCAGAUAUUCCCAGUCUCCUGGAAGGCAGUACUACUGCAGAGAUGGCUCUGAGGAUGUCCCCAUCCAGCAUCUCCGCAGAGGCAGCAGCAGGCAUGUUCUCACUGGUCCCAGCCACCCCACCGCCAGCAAUGGUUGCUUCAAGUGAUCCCCACCCUGAUGGCAGCAUCGUAGGGCCGCUGGUGAGGAUGGUACCCUUGGAGGUGGGCACAGAGGAGAACCCAGAUGCCGAUGCAGCAGGGCCAACUCCCAGCCAUGCGAUUGUCACUGUCUGGCCAUCAACAGAGCCGCUUGCUCAAGGGACCGAUGAUUCAGAAACCAGGCCCCCAGCGGAUCUGCUUCUCCCGGCUCCCAGGGGCAACCACUCAUCGCUGUCCCCCAGGGCAAACCUCAGCCUAGCACUGGCUGAAGCCAGUCCGCUCCCCAACACCACUACUGGCAAGACACUCCAGCCUGUGACACUGCUGCACCCCAAAAAUGCAGCCAGAGAGGAAGAAAUGGACAGGUCCCAACCGGCAGGAGAUGGCAGCACCACACAGGCAGCUCUGGGCUCAACCCCAGCUGAAAACACAAGGGUGGGUGCUGUGAGUGGUACCCCCUACAGCGGUGACACAGCCUUGGAGACAUCCUUGCAAACAUCACUCCCUGCGGCAGCCAGAAGCACUGCUCAACCAAGCACAGCUGCAUCAGACCACAGCUAUCUCCCUGCUGAGCCCACCACAAACACAGAUGUGGGCAUGGACUUGAAUAAGGACACAGCUUCUCCCACCUCAGGGAACAGGGCUGUAGGGCUGCCUCUGGGGUUGCCCAGUCCUUCGGCAGGCUCUGCCCGAGGCAGCAAAAGCCCUACUGCAGUGGCCAUCAUGGACACAGUGUCACCCACAGCCCCAGAGCUGGUUAUGGCACCUUCCUCUGGCCUCACUCACAGCACUACUGAGCAAGACAUCCAUGUGUCUCCUCCUGUCCCUGGGAAUGCCCAUCCAGUGGUGAUGGCACCUUCUGUCACCCCUAGAAUAAACGUCACUGGUCCAGCAGUGGGAGCACGUGAUGACAAUCUCAACAGGGUCACGACACCCCCCUCUACUGCCCCCAGCAGCUCCUCCACUCUGCGCAGACCUCGUGUCACCCUGAGACCACCCCGUGAGGCCACCAACAGCAUCCAUGACCCCAUCUCAAGGACUCUCAACCUGGUCACGGAGGAUGAGCCCACAGCCAGGGUCACCUUGCUGGAUGUUGGCCACAGACAUGGGGCAUGGGAGGCUACAACUGCAUCCCAGUCAGGUGCUGAGGGUACCAUUGCCUGGGCAGACACCACCGCCUCUGAGAGGAGCACCGAGGGUGCAGCACCCCCAGCCGGCACCAACAGCGUCCAUGCGCCUGUCUCCAACACCACUAGCACAAGCUUGGCCACCAUGGCAGCUGUCAGCAUUUUUGCCAGCAAAACCAUCCUGCCACCCACCUCAGCUGGUGGGGGGACCUUCGUGGUGACCAGGGCCACUGCAGCUGUGCCGAUUGCCACAGCAAAGGCCACCAGCACGAGCAGAGCCCUUGCUGUAACACAUGAUGAGGCAGGGGGAGGUGGGAGACCUGUCCUGUCCCCUGCAGUACAUACCCCCUCGGUGGAGACAGCUGCGGAAUCCUGGGGUGGCCCUGCCACCACCCUGCCCGCUUCACCCCGCCCCAGCCCACACAGCCCAGGGCAGGACACAGCAACAGUCACGUCUCUACUUGGUGUUGGCACAACCAGGGGGACAGCUGCUGGAAAGACUCUCCCAGAGCCAGCAACAGAUGGCAGUUCUCCCACAGCCAUCAGCAACCGUGCCGUGGGACGGGCAGCAACCACAUCGCCCCCCAGCUCCCUGACGUCCAUUGGGGCAACUGCCUGGGGAGAGAAAACGGCCACCACUGCAGGCAGCACCAUGACCAUCACUGAAAGCAGGAUCGCAACCAUUGCUGAAGGCAGCACCAUGACCAUCACUGAAAGCAGCAUCGCAACCGUUGCUGAAGGCAGCACCAUGACCAUCGCUGAAGGCAGCAACACGACCACCACUGCUGGCAGCAUUGCAGCCAUCACUGAAGACAGCACCACGACCAUUGCUGGAGGCAACACCAUGAUUAUCGCUGAAGGCAGCACUAUGACCACUACUGCAGGCAGCACCAUGACCAAAACUGAAGGCAGCACGACGUCCGUUGCUGGAGGCAGCACCAUGACUGUUACUGCAGGAAGGACCAUGACCAUCACUGCAGGCAACACCACUGCAAAUAUUGCAUCCAGCACCAUGGCCAUCACUGCAGACAUCACCCUAACGAACGCGACAGGCAACACCACAGCUGUCACUGCAGGCAGCAUCACAACCGUCACUGCAGGCAGCACUGUGGCUGUUGCACCCUCAGCCCCAGUGAGCCCAGAUGAGCAGGCAGGAGGUCUUCCAGCCCCAGGCACUGUGAUACCAGGGAGACCACCAGCCAGCGUCAGCCCUGCCACUACCCCAGCUCAUUCCUUUGGGACAGAGAAGGGACCAUCCACAGCAUCAAGCACAUCUGCCCAUGCAACUGCUGGCCACAAAAAUCCUGCCCCUCAGCCCCAGCCCACACACAGGAUUAUCAUGCCAGCAGCCUCACUGUACCCUUUCGGCAUGGAGGCAGGGGACCAAGAGUGCAUCCAGAGGAUGGUGGAUUUUAACUCCCCCCUUUUCAAGCCAGAGAUCGGGUUCCCCUUUGGGAUGUCACUGCGGGAUGCUCUCUAUUUUACAGAUAAUGGACAGAUAAUUUUCCCACCCACGGAGAACUACGUCCCAUCCAAUCCCAACCCGCCUCCCCAAGGCUUCAGCAGCCGUGAGGAUUUACCGGUAGUGGCCGUCUUUUGGGAUGAUGCAGAUUUCUCCCAGGGCGUCGGCACUACCUGGUACCAGGAGUACUCCACCAUUAGCUCUACCAAAGAGCCCCUUGUCCGUGAUGUGGAAGCAAAGAUUGAGAAAUAUCUGAAAAUCCCCUACAAUGCCAAGUGGACCUUGAAGGUGACGUGGGAGAAGGCUCCAGCGUACCCAUCCCAGCAGCACGACACUCAGACAAGCACCUACCAGGCAGUCCUCACCACUGAUGGGAACCACUCCUUUGCCCUGCUGCUCUACCAGGAUGGUGGGAUGCGGUGGGACUACACUGAGCUGGCUGCGGGCAACGUGCUAAUCGGCUUCUCCAGCGGCGAUGGCUAUGCCCAGAAUAAUGAGCUGACCCAGAAGCCACCAGCUGUCAAGUACCGACCAGACCAGCACAGCAGCACCAGCACUGAUGUGCGCGGGCUGUGGAUCUACAGGCUGGACAGUCGCUCCCGAGUGAACUUCAGGCUGAAGUGCUUGGCAUGGCUGGAUACACAGCCGGCUCCGGGUGCCUGGAACAGCGAGCUGCUGCCAUGCCCCUGCUCCCAGCCCCAGGCAGAGCUGGACCCCCGCUACCGCUGGAGCAGAGGCCCGGAGGAUGCCUCCGUGAGGAUACUGCGCACCACUUCCCCCAGCCUGGCCGGAGCUGGGGUGCGAUGUCUAUAUCAAGAUGGGAGCUUGCUUGAAGGCUGGCAGGAGAGAACAUGGACCCUUCCCAUUCACCUCACCCCUGACGAGGAGCUGGAGGCUUUUGACUGGUGCUGCCGGCGCGUGGGGAAGCCCUUGUUUUGCACCAAGUUUGCUGAGAAGAGGCCCAGAGUGGGCUGUGAGGGAUAUGUGCCACCCACCCCUGCCAGCGCCUUUGGAGAUCCCCACAUCACCACCCUGGAUGGACUUACCUACACCUUCAAUGGGCUUGGGGACUUUGUCCUGCUGCUGGCUAGUGAUGCCCGGACCAGCUUUGUGCUGCAAGGGCGCACAGCCAGGACUGGCACAGCCCAGGCCACCAACUUCAUGGCCUUUGCUGCCCAGUACACAUCUACCACCACCACAGCAGUGGAGUGGUCCUUGGGGAGCCAGGGUGACAUCCAAGUCCUACUGAACAACAAAACUAUCCAGUUUUCCUAUUCUCAAGACAUGGGUGCCAAGGUGUACUACAGCCCCGGUGUGCUACUGGUCAACGGAUCCUCCAUCACAGCUGUCUUUGAUGGGGCCAUCGCUGUCUCCAUCUCGGCUGGCUCUGGGAUCCUCAGCAUGGUCUGCAGCCUGCCCAAUCAGUACCACAACAGCACCAAGGGCCUCCUGGGUGUGUGGGACCAUGACCCCACAGAUGACUUCCAGAUGCUAAAUGGUACCAGCAUCCCUGUGAACAGCAGUGAGGAGGAAAUUUACAGCUACGGGAUGACCUGGGCUGUUGGAGAGCACAGCUUGUUUGCUCCACCUCUGGACUCAUCAGCAAUGAACUUCACGCCCAUCUUCUUGUCUCAGCUGAGGCAGGAGAACGAAAGCCAGUAUCAGCUGGCAGCCUUGCAGUGCCACGGCAGCAAGGAGUGCAUCUAUGAUUCACUGAGCACAGGGGAUGUAGCCCUGGGCCUGGCCACCCAGAGCCUCACAGUCGACUUCCAGCAGAAGAAGACUCUACUCAAUGCCUUCCCUCCUGUCAUCACUGGCGAUGCAUCGCUCACAGCCUUCAGGACAGAAAGGGUCAGCAGACAGUACCACGCCACGGGGGCAGGGGCACACUUUGUCCCCCAUCUCUCAACAGAGCUCAAUAUUUCAGAGAGUGGCACCCUGACGUGGGAGCCCCGUGGGACAGCCCCACUCACAGUCAGCCUGGAGGCUGUUGGGUCCAACAACCUCUCUGCCCUCCUCCAGCUCCACUUCACCCUUUGCAGCUGCAGAAGGAGCCAGGAGUGUGACUACAGUGACACCGUCACCCUUGAGGGAUCUUCCCUGCAGCUGGCAGCCUGCAGGUGCGAUGGUGGCUACUCAGGUCCCUUCUGCCAGGACCCACCAGACCCCUGUGCCCAAGGUUGCUUCCCUGGCGUGGGCUGCAACGUGCACACCGGCUGUGGCCCCUGCCCAGCUGGCCUGACUGGGGAUGGGCGGCACUGCUCAGGUGAUGAGGACUUGCCAUGGCCACCAGGAACUCGCGGCAUCUGUGGGACCAUGGCAGAGGUAUUUCUUCUGGUGCCACACUGUGUUGCCUUGGCAGAUAUCGAUGAGUGUGCGCAGGGGAUGGCAUGCCCGGGGAACACCAACUGCACCAACACAGUGGGCAGUUACAUCUGCACCUGCCCAGCCAGUGAGGACGGUGAGGGGCCAGACUGUGGCUCAGCCUGCGACUCCCGGUCCUGUCCUGAGGGCUACUGCAGUAACGGGGGACACUGCCAUCUGCAUCCCCUCACCUGUUCCCCCACCUGUUCCUGCCACCCGGCUUUCACCGACCAGCGCUGCCUGGUGGCAGGGGGAGAUUUUCGGCCACUGCCCAGCACAGAUCUCCCCCGGAGAAGCAUCCAGCUGCAGGUCAGGACGAUGCAAAAUGCCACUGCCGAGGAAGUCAAUGAUACUGUCUCAGCCAUCCUGGACUCCCUGGAGGUAAAGGUUUUCCAGAGCAACACCAACAUCACCCGGAUGACAGAGGGUGAUGGUUUCACCUUCAGAGUGGUGUCUGAGUUCGCCUAUGACAGCCGCGGUACUGUCAUUCAUUUCCUGAAUAAGGAGCUGCCGGGGGCCAUCAUCAACGCCUUCAACGGGCGGCAGGGACGGCGGGAGGCAAGAGCGCACCUCCUCUUCCAGCGCCUGCACCACGACAACAUCACUGACCUGGUGAAGUUGACAGUGGCUGAGCUGCGGCGCUACUUCCCCUGUGGUCUGUAUGGCUACAAAGGCUACCAGCUCCACUACACAGGGACCAUCGGCUUCGUCUGCAUCUCCCCUUGCAAGAUGGGCUACUGCCAGCACGGUGGCCAAUGCCAGCACCUGCCCAAGGGGCCCAUGUGCAGCUGCCUCCCCUUCUCCAUCUUCUCCCCUGGUGGCACUCGGUGCGAGCGGCUGGCCAUCAGCCUCGCCGCCUUCCUUGGCAUCUUGGUGGGAACCCUAGCUCUGCUCUGCCUCCUGUUCACCACCACCUGCCUGGCCUUGCACCUCUGCCGCCAGCACCACCACCGGCACUGGGGGACCAAGGAGACCUUCUGGAGGUCACGGCCCUUCUCCUCUCUGAUGACAGCAGAAGAGCAGACAGAGACCUCCCACUCCCUAGACAGGCAUUGGGAACCACAGCUGCAAGCCAUUGACCCUUCCGUCCAGAUAAGGAUCCAGAGACCCCACAUCAGGCCUCUGAGCCAGCCCCUCCAGCAGCCCUAGCCUGCCCCCCGCCUGUCCCGGCCCCUCUGGGCUCACGGAGGAGCCAGACGCCCCUGCCAGCCCCGGCACCUGCUCUCAGGGUCUCCAGCACCAGCACCCACAUGGAGGCAGGGGACAGGGAUUUGGUUUAUAUGGUCUGGUCUUUGCGGGAGGAUUCAUUCUGGAGGAGGUGCUUUUUUUGAAUGAAAAAUAUGGAUUUAUAUGGGUGGCCAAGGCAAGAGGAUUUUACUUUCCCCUGAGGACCUGCAGAGGCAACCAGCAUACUCCUGGAGUGUAUUUGCACCGGGGAAUGCUCUACUGCAAUGCAACCAGACCCAGAAAAGCCACUGAUAGCAGUGGGGUGGGGCAAUGUAGCAAUGAUAAUCCAUUAGGAACAAAAUAGAAUAAACAAAUAAUGAUGGCAUGCUGCUGAGUAUGUUGCCUGCAUCAUAUGCUGCUCGUGUGCUAGCCCUGCUUCCCUGUCACCCGGCUCUGCUUUCUGCUGGUCCCAUCCACAGGACCAAGGAAAAGAAGGUUGUAGUUUUCUUUGUUGUUCCAGCCCCUCCUUCCCUCUGCAAAGCUGCAAGUCUCCCCUCAGUGUGUGCCCAGGCACCGCUCACACCGGCUCAGAGCACUCAGGUUGGGCUGUGGCCCAACAAACACCCUGUGGCCUUUCACCCCUGCUGAGGGAAGAUGCUGCUCCCAAGGAGGGUCUGUCAGACCCUGGCAGACAGCAGCUCCAGCCCAACUGCCUGAGUCUGGCUCGGCCACAGCCC